AUCGUUGGGAAAAGUUACAGUUUUACCUGCUAGUAGUUAUGGACUGCGGUCUACCUCGACCCCAAGUGAUUGUCCUUGUAAUCGUUAUUGCGACUAGCUGGCGACGCCUAGACAUUCUUGCUCAGUUUGGAGAAGGAGAGUUGAGUUCAAGUACUAGAUCUAGAUGGCUAUCAAAUUCUUCUUGCAUGGGACAAUGCGCGUUGGUGCCAGGCAGCGAUCGCCGGGAGGACAAUGUUUGCGAGACCGACCUCUGCUCACAAGACGUCUCGAUCCCACUCGUUUACACUGACGGCAUGUUCUGUGUUCGAGGUGCACAUGUAGUGAACGAUCGUGACGUCACGACUACGUACUGCAAAAUUAUUCCAUAUAAACAGCCAAAUUCGCUGACGUGGAAUAUCUCAGUGAGCAAUGGCAGUCUCUGUAAGGCUAUAUGUUACAACAUAAAAGUCUUGAUAGUGUCUCCUUCCCUCUUUACCGUUUGGAGUGGUCGUUUUGGGAGCAACGAUAGAGCCAGUCAAAACAUGUUUCAUAAUCUGUUGGCUCCCGCCAAUGCGAAGUAUUGUGUUAUGGAAACAAGCGGACUACACGUGCUAAAGAAGACCUCUGUGAAAAUAUCUGGGGAAUGCAACAUGAAAUACACAGCUAAUAGCACGGUACUGGUAUCAGCCACAGCUAAUCCACCGGAUGAAGCAGUUGCCUACUGUGAAGUAGUUUGUGUAAAAACACUAUUAUCUAGAGCACUGAGUUUAAGAAUACCGUAUAUCAAACCUGGCAGAAUUAAUACAACUGAAGAUUGUCCGUGUUGUUUUCUCAAUGACUGGAAAGUAGCACUGCCUGUAUCAACUAGCAACAAUGUUUCAGCACAAUGUAUAUUGAGUAGAGACAGCAAUAAUUUUUGGAAUUUGACAAUAGAUGGUGGAUCAGAUGUGAGCUGUUCUGUUGAAUGCUUUUGCCACAAAGGAGUCACUCCAGACAACAUUCAUUCUGGUGCCUAUACAAUGGCUGGACUUAAAACAGGGUAUCUAUUAUGCUGCAUAUGGAUAAUGUUGUUGUUGUGAACAAACUUGGAGCAUUCGUUGAUUGCUGUAGCUAUUGUUAAUUGCUAGAUACAAUUAAGGCUAGAAUUGAAUUGACAAUUUUUGUUGCA